AUGUCAAAAAUGGUGGUGUGCAGAAUAACGCGCGCUCCGCCAUUUCACCGUCCACCUGAAUGAGUGUAAUGGCGGGAUGGUAGGAAUCUUAACCGUUUUCCUUCGUUGCGCAAGGUGAUCAGCCGAGUCGGUUGGUUUUUCGUUAGUCAUCCAUAAUAAUUUAAUCUUCUAAUUUUAAUGAAAUCCUUUCUGCUUUUUCUCCUCUCUCUCUCUCUGUAUGUUUGCCUUUCCUUGUUUCCCGAAUUACCUCCUCGGUGAAAUCUGAAACGAAGAAGGCAAAUAUGAACGAGAAGGCCUCCGUCACUAAGGAACUCAAUGCCAAGCACACCAAGAUAUUGGAGGGCCUUCUUAAGCUGCCAGAGAACAGACACUGCGCAGACUGUAAAAGCAAAGGACCACGAUGGGCAAGUGUCAACCUUGGAAUUUUUAUUUGCAUACAAUGUUCAGGCAUACAUCGGAGUCUUGGAGUGCACAUAUCAAAGGUACGGUCAGCUACAUUGGAUACUUGGCUGCCUGAGCAAGUCACGUUUAUGAAAUCUAUGAGUAAUGAAAAGUCCAACAGUUAUUGGGAAGCAGAGUUGCCACCGGAUUACGACAGAAGUGACAUUGAAAGUUUCAUACGGGCAAAGUAUGACGAGAAAAGAUGGGUUUCAAAGCAAACAGAACAGCCAACUAUGGAAUCAGAAGGAAAGAACUCUUGUUCUAACAAGGGAAUAGAAGAUCGAGGAAAUAAUGGCAAAUCCAACCACUCAAAAACAUUUUCUGAUGGAGAUAUUCCCACUAAUCAGAUCCUACAGGCUCCACCUUCAGCAACAAGACCUCGUUGGGCCUCUUUAGAUAUGAAGGACAAGGUGACUGGCUUGCCUCCCCCCAAGGUGCCACAAACAACAGAACAAAAGUUUGGAAUUCCUGGGCAAAAAGCUGGCGUUGCUACUGAUCUGUUCAACUUGAUGGAUGCUGAUAUUCAAAAGGAGAAGAGAUCCAUUCCAUCCACUUCGUACAGCUCCUCUUGGGCAACAUUUGAUUAAAGAGCAGAUCCAGUGUAGUUAAUCUAAAGGUUUUGCCACUGGGAAUAGAAAUUUCAGCUGCAGAGUUGACCCAUGGCCUUACCAAGUUCAAAUAGGUGAAAAGAAGGUGACAGUUUGAAAGACUUAAUCAAGGAGAGAUAUAGCAGUCCGACUGAAUACUAUUUAUAGGAUCAACCAUUCUCAGCAUCAGAAAUAUCUAUUGAGAAGAAUGCCCACUUCUACCUGCCUUGUGCAAAGCUCCAGCUAGUUUUGCUUCACAUCCUAAUCCUUGAAGGAGCAAUAGGCACUCACCAGAAAGCAUGGAUUAAUUUGAAGAGUAUCURCAAAACCACUGUCAAGGAUGUACAAGCAUGGCUCUGUAGUUAUGAGUUUUUUAAUCAAAUUUAUAAAAAGUAUAGGUUCUAGUUUGAGAUUGAGACGGAUCAGGUUGUUUUGAACUCCACAUUCGUAUGAUGCUGAAUUAAUA